UUGUACGGAGCAUACUUCUGCUUCAGAUUUUUCUCAUGCUUCAAGAGUCCCAGAAAGAAGUUUUGUAAUUAUUUCACUACGACAGAACAACUGAAUACUGCAGAUUUAAGUGCAAAUCAAGAUGACAAUUUAUGCAGUGUUUGUGGAGAUAGAUCUUCAGGAAAUCAUUAUGGUGUACGAAGCUGUGAAGGGUGUAAGGGUUUCUUCCGAAGGACAGUUCAAAGGAAUUUCAACUAUACUUGCUAUAAGCAAGGAGCUUGCAAAAUUAAUUUAAAAACUCGGAGCAAAUGUCAGCGUUGUCGUUUGACUAAAUGCCUUAAAGUUGGUAUGAGACAAGAAUCAGUACGUUUAGAACGCAUCCGACGCAAAAAUUUGAACGAUAACAAAGAAGAUGAAGACUACGAAGAAAUAGCUGAAUUGAAGCAAACAGUUGUUCAAGCUUAUCAAAAAGCAUUUCCACCAACACUGAAAAUAGAGAACCGAGCAGAUGCUGUUGAACAAAUGCAUGUUUUCUUAAGUAACAUACCAUAUCUGGCUGAAAUUCAUGAAAAUGAUCGGGAUAUACUCAUGAACACUGCCACCGAAAUAGCUCUGGUAGUUAUUGACUGA